CUGCAAUGGCGGGGGAUAAAACAAAAUACUUAUAAAUUUGAAACUGGAAUAACAUACAAGCCCCUAACUGAGUCGUUAUCCACUCUAAUCUCUAUCUUAAUCUUUAUCUAAUUAUCCAAAUAAAAAAUUAUCCUAAUUUCUAAUCUUCUUCAUAUAAAAGCUAUGAUCUAAACCUAGAAAAUACAAACAGAUAAUUUAAUCGAAAUUCUUAGCCAGCACUGAAAUACGAAUUAUUUAAAGAUCGGAUCAGGUACGUAGUGAAUCAUUUGGAUACAUCAAUGGAAGAUUAUUCUCUCCCUAAAGAUUCUCUGUUUCUUGGAUUUGAUAGCUCUACACAGUCAUGUAAGGCAACAGUAUUGGACUCUAAUCUUAACAUAGUAACUUCAGAUGUUGUUCAUUUUGAUUCUGAAUUGCCUCAUUAUAAAACUAAAGAUGGAGUUCAUAGAGACCCAUCUGGUGAUGGUAGAAUUGUAUCCCCAACAUUAAUGUGGAUAGAGGCUUUAGAACUUUUACUCGAAAAGUUAAGCAAAUCAGGACUGGAUUUUGGAAAGAUUGUUGCUGUUUCUGGUAGUGGACAGCAACAUGGUAGUGUUUACUGGAAGAAAGGCAGUUUGGCGAAGUUGCGCAAGUUGGAUGCAUCGAAAUCGUUGAAGGAUCAACUUAAUGAUGCAUUUUCGACAAACGAGUCGCCUGUAUGGAUGGAUAGUAGCACUACUGCUCAAUGCAGAGAGAUAGAGAAUGCAGUAGGAGGUGCAUUGGAAUUGUCUCGAUUGACUGGAUCGCGUGGUUAUGAAAGGUUCACAGGUCCACAAAUCAGAAAGAUAUUCCAGACACAGCCAGAUGUGUAUGCUGAUACUGAGAGGAUUUCCCUUGUUAGCUCUUUCAUGGCAUGUCUUUUAACUGGGUCUUACGCAAGCAUUGAUGAAACUGAUGGUGCUGGGAUGAACUUGAUGGAUAUCAAAGAACGUAUUUGGUCUAAGAUUGUGUUGGAGGCUACAGCGCCGGGGUUAGAAGAGAAGCUUGGGAAUUUAGCACCUGCCCAUGCUGUUGCUGGUUUAGUUGCUCCUUAUUUUGUCGAAAAAUAUCACUUUGACAAGAAUUGUGUAGUUGUUCAAUGGUCUGGAGACAAUCCGAACAGCUUGGCAGGAUUGACUCUCAAUACUCCUGGGGACCUGGCUAUAAGUCUUGGAACCAGUGAUACUGUAUUUGGGAUUGCUAGUGAACCUCGUCCUCGAUUAGAAGGACAUGUUUUUCCUAAUCCCGUUGAUCCAAAGAGCUACAUGGUCAUGCUUUGCUAUAAGAAUGGGUCUCUGACACGUGAAGAUAUAAGAAACAAGUACGCGGAACAAUCGUGGGAUACUUUCAACAACUAUCUAGAAAAAACAUCACCACUAAAUGGUGGAAAGCUAGGAUUCUACUAUAAAGACCAUGAAAUUCUUCCUCCUCUACCAGUUGGCUUCCAUCGUUAUGUUCUUGAUAACUUCACGGGUGACUCGAUAGAGGGGUUAAAAGAGCAUGAAGCAGAAGAGUUUGAUGGAGCAUCAGAGGUAAGGGCAGUAAUUGAAGGUCAGUUUCUAUCUAUGCGAGCUCAUUCUGAAAGGUUUGGAAUGCCAAAUCCACCCAAAAGAAUAAUAGCAACUGGCGGGGCAUCAGCCAAUCAGAGCAUUCUUAAGUCAAUAGCGGCAAUUUUUGGUUGUGAUAUAUAUACAGUCCAAAGACCUGAUUCUGCUUCUCUAGGAGCUGCCCUUAGGGCAGCGCAUGGGUGGCUUUGCAACAAUAAGGGAAAGUUUGUACGAAUCUCAUGCAUGUAUGAAAAUAAGUUAGAGAAAACAGCUCUUAGCUGCAAGCUUUUGAUGCCUGCUGGAGAUCCACAACUACUUCCUAAAUACACCUUGUUGAUGAAGAAAAGAACUGAAAUUGAAGAUCGCCUUGUUAAGAAACUGAGCCGUCAGUGAAACAAAAACAGUCAGAAAAAAGAAACAAAGGGAGAUUCAAGAACAAAAUAAAGUAAAUUGGAUGACAAGGGCGGCCUUUCCUUGGAAAUAAUCACGUAGAAAAAUAAAUAAAUUUGUCAGCAGUUAAUAAUGUUGAAUAUAGUUCCUUUUGUUUUUUAACCGAAGCUGAUUGUACUAAUAAUAACCAGUAUUUUAGCUGUAUUUUAGUUUACCUGUAAACUCUUAGUAUGUCGAUUCCCAUGUUUCCCUCUUCUUCUUUUUUUUCCUAUUAAUGAAAGCCAGUUUUUUCUUUUUUCUCA